UUCAAAUUGCAAUUUUUGUUUUGUUCAGGAUCUUUGUUGUAAUUUGGUAUUCAUGCUUUCCGAUUAAUGUCUUUGAUUUGUGGUUUAUUUCUUGUAAAUACUCUCAGUCUUGAGAUAAUAUUUUAUCGUUAUAAAGUACUGUUUAUCGGGAUGAACAUCGUCUGUGUCAUAUUAAGGUAGAUUGCAUCUAACAACCUACAUCAUCAGUAAAGUUACAGCAAGACAGCCGUUUGAUCUGCAUCUGAAGUUUAUCAGAGAUGAAUGACCGUUUCAGGAAACGAACUGUAUGAAUUCUAGAGUUGCAAAGGUGCUCGUUAGAAUUAUAUUGGGUAUUGGAUUACUGCGAGUUUUAAUAGCUGCGUUACAACAUGGGGAAAGCUAAGCAGACUAGAAAGUUCGCUGCAAUGAAGCGAAUGAUAUCUUUAAAAGACUCACGAAUAAAAAAGUGUGAUCAGUUCAAGAAGAUUACGCCUUUCAAGCAAGAGUCAUCCCAUCAUUUGUCAGUUAAACACAAUGUAGAAGUCUUCCCUUGUCUCAAAGAUUCAUACAACGAAGCUCUUGGACCUCCUUACCAUAUUCUUUUGGAUACCAACUACGUCAAUUUUUCCAUUAAGAAUCGAUUGGACCUCUUCAAAUCAAUCAUGGAUUGCUUAUUAGCAAAAUGUUUCCUGUAUGUUACCGACUGCGUGAUGGGAGAAAUAGAGAAGAUGUCAGAGAGAUACCGGGUAGCCUUAAAAAUUCUCCGUGAUGAAAGGAUUCAAAGGUUGACUUGUCAGCAUAGAGGUACAUAUGCAGAUGAUUGUCUAGUAGAGCGCUGCAAAUCCCGCUGCUACAUAGUAGCCACUUGUGACCGAGAUCUACGACGUCGCAUUAGAAAGAUAACAGGCGUCCCAAUAAUGUACAUCCAUGGUCACCGUGUUGUCAUUGAAAAAAUGCCUAUGGCUCUUGGAGCACCGAAGUUAUGAGAUUGUUAUUAUAAAGUAUGAAACUUGUAAAUAAAGCUUAAAUUUUUCUGA